GGAUCAAAUGAAGCAAUGUUGGAUAUAUCAAAAUCAUUUAUUUAUUUUAACUAAUAAAUUUCAAAUUAAUAUUGGCCUUCUAAUAAUCUAUUUAUUUUUUAUUUUUCCUUUUGUAUUAACACAAUCAAAUAAUUCAUGCCUAAGUAUCGGAGAGUGGGGACAAUGGGGAGAUUGGGGGCAAUGUAUUACUGCAAUACCAAUUAAUGUUAGCAUUCAGCGUCGGAUACGAACAUGCAUGGCCCAGCCUAGUGGCUGUAAUGAUGCGCAAUCUAUAUUUGAAUGCCCCAGCGUGUAACACUUCUACAACGACAACUUCAUUAUUACCAACAACCCCUCCCACAACAACCCCUCCACAAACAACCCUUCCACCAAC